CCGAGAAAUUCCGAGAUUUGGAAAUCGUCCAGUGAGAAACUAAUUACUUACGCUCCUUUUUUAUGUGGGAGCGCCCUCCUUUCAUUCUGUGUUAUUGGGAAAGGCCUUCAAUUCAGUGACCAGGUGUCCGGUAUCAGGUUUGUGAUGAAGACCGCAUCGUGCUUGCUCGUUUGAACCAUCCAACUGUGCCGACAAUGUGGUUCAUGAUAGAUUUGUGAGCCAUUGCUCGAAACGAGUAUUUUGUUGUGUAUACAUGUAGCCACUGAAAAACACAAUCGUUAUGGCUGAAAAUGACCCGCCAAGUGCGGAAACAGUGGACGAUCUAGCGUCCCUAAUGCAUCUUGACGAGGCGUCGAUGCUCGAAAACCUACGUACGAGAUACGUUGAAGAUCGGAUUUACACAUAUGUGGGUGAUAUCCUGGUGGCUGUCAACCCGUUCAAGAAACUCGACCUGUAUGGCAGUGAGGUGACCAGUCUCUACUGUGGCCUGUGUACUGGAGUCAAGCCAUCUCCACAUAUCUACGCCAUUGCCGAGUCAUGCUACUGUGCUAUGUCUCAGUCUGGCCGUAGUCAGUGCUGUGUUAUCAGUGGUGAGUCUGGUGCAGGCAAGACAGAGUCCACGAAGUUUCUCAUCAACCAUCUCAUUCAGCUCUGCCCACAGAAGACUGCCAGUGGCCUGGAACAGAAGAUACUCAUGGUCAACCCACUAUUGGAAGCAUUUGGCAAUGCACGCACGCUCAUGAACAACAACUCCAGUCGUUUCGGCAAGUACAUCCAAGUCAAGUUCAAAGGUCGACAAGUGAUCGGUGCCAAGAUCUCCGAGUACCUGCUGGAGAGGUCUCGCGUGGCAGUGCAAGGCUGGGAAGAGGGCAACUUCCAUGUAUUCUACUACAUGUUUGCCGGCCUGUCAGUGAGUGAGCUCAGCAACCUCUGUCUGGACACUGCCAGAAACUGCCGGUACAUGAAGAGGAGCUGGGAAACUAUAGAACGUAAUCACAGUCAGCUGAAGGAGGAGUUUGGUAACCUGGUCAACGCAAUGGAUAUGGUCGGAUUCACCAUGGAGGACCAAAGCGACAUGUUCCGCGCACUGGCAACUGUUCUAGCGCUGGGCAACGUGGACAUUGUGGAGGACGACGCAGGUUACGCUCAGCUGUCCAAUGAGAGGAUCCUGGUAGAUGUCGCAGCUCUGCUGGGCGUACAGGCCUCCAUACUCGAUGGCUACUUCACCACCAAGGAGACGCUGACAGCGGGUGAGAUUAUCACGACCAAGCUGACCAAGGAGAAAGCACAAGAUGGUCGUGAUGCCAUGGCCAAGGUUAUGUACGGCCGCAUGUUCAGCUGGAUAAUACUGCGUGUCAAUGGACUACUGGCACCCAAGGAAAACAUCCAGGCACCGGAGUGCUCGGAAAUCGGCAUACUGGACAUCUUCGGUUUUGAGCACUUUGAGAAGAACAACUUUGAGCAGCUAUGCAUCAACCUUGCCAAUGAGAAGAUACAAUAUUUCUUCAACGAGCACAUAUUCUUUCUGGAACAGCAAGAGUAUGCCAAGGAGGGUGUCGACUGGAAUGAGAUCCCGUUCAUCGAUAACCGACCACUUCUGGAAAUGUUCUUGUCCAAGCCAGCUGGUCUGUUUGCUUUGCUGGAUGAGCAAUCCAUCUUUCCCAGGGCGACUGACUUCACGUAUGUGCAGAAACUGGAGGAGAAGUUCAAAUCGUCCAAAUACUUUGUCAGUGGCCAUGACCCCAAGUACCCGGACGCCCCACAGUUCACCAUUGUGCACUAUGCUGGAAAGGUUCACUAUCUUGCAAGUGGUUUCCUGGAGAAGAACCGUGACUCUCUGCCCACUGGAGCAGUUGAGCUAUUUCAAGCCAGCACCAAUGAUCUUGUACAUGAGAUCUUCAUGGGUUCCGUGACCAGAACAGGGACACUGGCCGUGAAGAGUCGGAGACGCAAGAGUGGCAAAGCCAGAGUGUCUCGCAAGCGCAAGGGAGAGGAGACAUUUGGCCGGUCGCGGACAGCCACUGGCAGGAGAGGCCUCACUGUCAGCACACAAUUCAAGAACUCUCUGAAUCUGCUGAUGGAGAAGAUGUUUGCAUGCACACCACACUUUGUCCGGUGUAUCAAACCCAAUACUGGAAAGAAGCCAGGCGUGUUUGAAGAAGACUUUGUUCUCUCCCAGCUGCGCUACACCGGGAUGCUGGAGACAACUCGCAUCCGUCGAGAAGGCUUUGCGAUUCGGCCCAGUUUCGAGGAGUUUGUAUCUCGCUUCAAGAGUCUAGCAAACCUUCAGAUCAGGCCCGACGCCAAAGGUUGUCGGAGAAUCCUGAAUGCCGCUGGCAUCACCGGAUUUCAGAUUGGCAAAACGAAAGUUUUCCUGAAGUACUACCAUCUGGACACGCUUUCGCGGAAACUGGAAAGAGUGCACCGAGCUGCCACUGUGUUGCAGAAAGUUAUCCGAGGACAUGUAUCAAGAAAAGGCACACGACCGCUGUUCAUCAAAGCGAGACAAGAACGAGAGAUGCUGCAGGCGUUCGUCGGCAUCAUCUCUGAGUCCUCAGCGAGAAUUGGUGCCUCUCUGUCCAGCCAUUGCCGACAAGAUGCAGAAAGACCCGCACCGUCUAUGUUUGACGAACACGGAGCAGAACCCAUGUCAACAUUUGAUCUUCCACCACCACCGUCUACUCAUGAGCUGGAGGCCAAUCUUGUUGCUUCCACGACGAUAUCCAGUGACUCUUCGUCGGGUGAAGACGAGGAAGAGCAGUUGGAUGGGUUUGACAUUGAUGAAGUACAACCGGUCCCCGAACAAUGGAAGCCGAAGUACAAGCAUUUUGGAAAAGAAGGAACCCGUGCAGCUUCGUUGCGGUGGUUUCGUGAAACCCAAGCGCCGACAGCUGGUAUCAAACAGGCGGAUGGCCAGGUGUCCCUGUGGUUUCAUGGCAUUAUCAGCAGAAGGCAAGCUGAGCAGCUUCUUGUAGAUCAACCGCUUGGAUCAUUCCUGAUACGUGUCAGUGAGACUCGGUUUGGCUACUCUUUGUCAUUCAGGUCGAUCAAUCGCUGCAAGCACUUCAUGAUUGAUCAGACAGCGUCUGGCAAGUAUCUCAUAGUGGGCGAAUGCCGGGCGCACCCUGGCCUCAAGGAGCUGAUCAGCUUCCACAAGAAGGUGCCCGUGUGUGGGAUACCAGGUGACUUCUUGACAACGCCGUGUGGUCAGAGUGGUGCCAGGCUGGACUAUGACGAUCUAUUGAUGCACGGACCAGGAUCUACGUCUUCGUCACGUAACCCCUCUCCUGCUCCACCACCAGUCAAGCCAAAAACAAACCUGCCACGUGACUCGUCCGGGGAAUUCCCUUCCAGGCACCAGCAGCAGCGUCUGCCACCAGCAGUGCCGCGCAAGGCCAGCAACAUGCGGCCUGGGUCAUCGGUGGAGGACCUGCUCUCCGUCGACACGUCCGCCCACCUACAGUCGUCACCCCCAUCCGUGGUGAAGCAGAGGACGGACAGCUGGAAGAAGAGCAACGAGCGACUGAGUAGCGGCGGUGGCAGCGGAGGACAGAGAGGUCCCAGCGGUCGCAUGCGCUCGGCCAGCGAAUGCCCUCCGCCGCCGUCGGGUCCCUCUAAGCAACGUGUGUGGCCACCACCUGCUGGCGAUCGCGGUCAUGCAGCCAGGCCAGUAUCAACCGCUCUGGACAGCAGCAGUCACUAUCCUCAGCAUCAUCCACAACACAACCACCACCAGCAGCAGCAACAGCGGCAGCAGCGGCAGUCGGAACAUUACCAGGUGCAGGAGCAUGGGUUGGUGCAGCCUAGGCCAUUGUCCCUCGACCAAUCAUCCCAGUCAGCAAGCACAGAGCGGCAGCAGCAGCAGUACUACCACUCUGGCGUACAGGACCAUGGCAUGAAAAGAUCAUCAGGACACAUGCAUGGUUCCCAGGAGACGGUUGCCAUGGCUCCCUUUACGACAAAGGCGACGGCUUCUCAGCGCUCGAGAAGUGGCUCCGAAAUCGGCCACCAGUCGAGCUUGACGGUUGACGAUCCCAAUCUUCGAAAGCAACGCUCUGCCGGUGAAUUGUGGAGGCACAGUUCAUCCAGCGCAAGUUCAUCGUUGCAGUCGUUUGAAGAGCCUGCUCCGCCACCACCGGUUCCCAAAUCAUCACGUCCAAACUUGAACGCCGAGGAGGAGGAGGAGGAAGAUGGCUAUUCCGAGAUUUCAGAUGAACUACUCGGCGACUUUCCAGCACCUCCUCCGGAAUUAAUCACUCCACAUGCGGAUGAUUUGACUGUCCUGGCAAAGCCCAAGCUUAUCCUGCAGGACAGUGACAGCGAUGAUGAUGAUGAUUUCGGUGAUGCAGAGCGCUAUGAAGACAUCGAUGAGCCGAUCAGCAAUGUGAAUGCUCGUGCACAAAAAGCCAAUCCAAGAUUACCGUCACCAGCAUCAACAGCAAGCAAGCAAAGUGCUCGCGGACGACGGCAGAAGUUUGGUAGCUCACGCAGGCACAGUCAAACCUCUGCAGGGUCUAGGCAAUAUGAAACGGGAGCAGGAGCGGCACCGCAAGUCCCUCGUUCGUCUCGGCCAGCGCACCUCAGGGCGGACAUGGUGUCGCAGAGUUUUGAUUCUGCCGGUAUCAGCCCGUCACACCUUCGACCGAUGUCGUCGGAAAUGCACCGCGGCCCGUCACCUCCACCACCCGUGGAGGACAUCAUCAGCCGGCACGUUCACACUCCAGGUACUCCAGCACCACCAGUUCCAAAGUCCAGUCGACCAGCACUGACACCACCGGGACCUCCAGCACAUAGCAGCCAGAGAUCACCCCGCUCGAGUCCACCACCGGUACCGGAUAAGCACAUCAUCAACAACAUGCAUGCAUCACACAGUCGUGGCAGCAUGCUAUCCCCGGAUGUGGACACGCGGCCGAGAAGCAAGACAAGCGGGGAGCUACUGUCGCCCAUCCAUCGUCCACCACAGCGCAUCCGAAGCAAAACCAAGAUACCGAUGGACGAAGAAGACGAAUAUCUUGUGCCGCGAGAUGAGCUCCUCCCAGCGUCCACCAGCAAACAGCCACCCCCACUGCCAGGUGAAACACUCGACUAUCGAAAACGCCAGCAGGAGUUCCAGUGUAGAGUGUCGUCAAGUGUUCCAGUGCGCUUCGGUGAAGGUGCACUGUUCGACGACGACUUCUUUGCCGAGGACAGCACUACAGAUCUGUUUGAAGACGACACCAACAUCAGCGUACCGGUGGAGAUGCUCCGCAGUCAGCAGAACAGUCUGCGACCGCAGCCCAGCUCGCUGUCCAUACCGGAAGAGGACUUCGCAAUGGACGGCGAUGUCUAUUGCACGCCGGAGGACGGGUUUGACCAGUUUUCUACACCGGUGUACCUUGCUGUGGCUGAUGGAGAGGAUCCAGUGGCGCCACCACCACCAAUACCGGACCGCAACUACUCCAAACGUGACCUGGACAAGUCACUUGACACGGAUAUACAUCGCUACAAACUUCUUCUCAAGGAGGAGCAAAUGCAACUAAAGAUGAUCACCUGGCGCCUGGCCGAUCACAGCCUCAACGCAGAUGACUACGCCAUGCUGGUCAAACGCGAGAACAAGUGCAAGAGCAAGAUCAUCAGCUUUGAGCACAUGCUGGCCAGCUUGGAAGUGAGCAAGACCGGUAUAGAGGGUACGCCAGGCCAGGCGCAGGCGGAGGCCAUUGUGCGCGGCACACCGCCAGCCGCCAGACGCAAUACAGACGCACGGAGCAGCGCACUGCGCAGCGGCAGCACACUCAGCAAACGCAUCAAUGCCAAGAAGCAGCAGAGACAGCAGCGGCCAAGCUAACGCGACAGCACCAUGGCUGAUCAAGCCCUACUGGAGCGAGACCAGUGGCCCAGCACAUCGGCCAAGCAUCUAGACCAGAACACCAGCAUGACACUCACUGGUAGUAGGUCAUUUGUACUUUCAUGUUUUAUAUCUAUUUGAGGUUGCCACACUGGCAUUAGUGCCGGUGAUAUGCAACUUGCUUGCUGCUUGCAAUAAUUACACACGCCACCCUGGUCUUAAAGCGACCAUAGCAACACUUGAUUGACAACCCCACUGCCCCACCCCGGCUCCGCCUUCCUUUGAAAUCCAUAGUGAGCCCAACCCUCUCAUGCCCUGCCCCUCCCAAUAUUCUCUGAGGGGGGGGGGGCAGAGAGUGAGUGGAUGCUGCAAUAAUUCACCACUUCGUUGCUUUUUUGAGGGGGGGGGGGGGGAGGAGUACAAAACAUUAUUCUCACUUGCUUUAUUUAAUUAUGCUUAUUUGAUCCAUUUGAGAGAGGUUCUUACAAUUUAUAUACAAUUCAAAUAGAUUUUUCAUUCGCAAUUCCUAAAAAAUUAUGCUUUUGCUGAUAGAUACUUUGCAAAUUAUCUGUAUACUGAUAUCACAAGUAAAUCUGCAAUGUAAAAAUAAUGAGAUGAUUCACAUUUACUGACUGGCUUUUGCUGUGUGGUCUGUACAAAAUAUUUGGAGAAAUG